CAAACCUCCAGAGGCCGGGGACGGAGGGCGGGCCCGCAGCAGAUCCUGGAUCCGGAAUCUCCCGGGCAGGAGCGGAAUCUGUCCCGAACCGGGUCUGUGAGGAGCUCGCGAUCUUGGAUUAGGAAAUCCCGGAGCCCGGAUCGACAAAUCCCGGAACCCGGAAUUAAGAUCGCCAAGUCCCGGAUCGCGGAGCACAGAGCGCGGAGUGGACUCGACGCGGAGCCCGGAGUCCGGAUCGCGGCACCGCGGGACGGGACGGAGCGAUGUCGGGCCGAGGCGCGGGCGGGUUCCCGCUGCCCCCGCUGAGCCCUGGCGGCGGCGCCGUGGCCGCGGCCCUGGGAGCGCCGCCUCCCACCGCGGGACCCGGCAUGCUGCCGGGACCGGCGCUCCGGGGACCGGGUCCGGCAGGAGGCGUGGGGGGCCCCGGGGCCGCCGCCUUCCGCCCCAUGGGCCCCGCGGGCCCCGCGGCGCAGUACCAGCGACCUGGCAUGUCACCAGGGAACCGGAUGCCCAUGGCUGGCUUGCAGGUGGGACCCCCUGCUGGCUCCCCAUUUGGUGCAGCAGCUCCGCUUCGACCUGGCAUGCCACCCACCAUGAUGGAUCCAUUCCGAAAACGCCUGCUUGUGCCCCAGGCGCAGCCUCCCAUGCCUGCCCAGCGCCGGGGGUUAAAGAGGAGGAAGAUGGCAGAUAAGGUUCUACCUCAGCGAAUCCGGGAGCUUGUUCCAGAGUCUCAGGCGUACAUGGAUCUCUUGGCUUUUGAGCGGAAGCUGGACCAGACCAUUGCUCGCAAGCGGAUGGAAAUCCAGGAGGCCAUAAAAAAGCCUCUGACGCAAAAGCGAAAGCUUCGGAUCUACAUUUCCAAUACGUUCAGUCCCAGCAAGGUGGAAGGCGAUAGUGCAGGAACUGCAGGGACCCCUGGGGGAACCCCAGCAGGGGACAAGGUGGCUUCCUGGGAACUCCGAGUGGAAGGAAAACUGCUGGAUGAUCCUAGCAAACAGAAGAGGAAGUUUUCUUCAUUCUUUAAGAGCCUCGUCAUUGAGCUGGACAAGGAACUGUACGGGCCUGACAAUCACCUGGUGGAGUGGCACCGGAUGCCCACCACCCAGGAGACAGAUGGCUUCCAGGUAAAACGGCCUGGAGACCUCAACGUCAAGUGCACCCUCCUGCUCAUGCUGGAUCAUCAGCCUCCCCAGUACAAACUGGACCCCCGAUUGGCAAGGCUGCUGGGAGUGCACACGCAGACGAGGGCCGCCAUCAUGCAGGCCCUGUGGCUUUACAUCAAGCACAACCAGCUGCAGGAUGGGCACGAGCGGGAGUACAUCAACUGCAACCGUUACUUCCGCCAGAUCUUCAGUUGUGGCCGACUCCGUUUCUCCGAGAUUCCCAUGAAGCUGGCGGGGUUGCUGCAGCAUCCAGACCCCAUUGUCAUCAACCAUGUCAUUAGUGUGGACCCUAACGACCAGAAGAAGACAGCCUGUUACGACAUUGAUGUGGAGGUGGACGACCCACUGAAGGCCCAAAUGAGCAAUUUUCUGGCCUCUACCACCAAUCAGCAGGAGAUCGCCUCCCUUGAUGUCAAGAUCCAUGAGACCAUUGAGUCCAUCAACCAGCUGAAGACCCAGAGAGAUUUCAUGCUCAGUUUUAGCACCGACCCCCAGGACUUCAUCCAGGAAUGGCUCCGUUCCCAGCGCCGAGACCUCAAGAUCAUAACUGAUGUGAUUGGAAAUCCUGAGGAGGAGAGACGAGCUGCUUUCUACCACCAGCCCUGGGCCCAGGAAGCAGUAGGCAGGCACAUCUUUGCCAAGGUGAGGCUCUGCCCUGUUUUCCCUCCUUUGGCUGUGAGUAGCAAAGGCCUGAGCCACUUGGUUUCUCCCUUUUCCAGGUGCAGCAGCGAAGGCAGGAACUGGAACAGGUGCUGGGAAUUCGCCUGACCUAACUGCUCAGGGAUCUUUCUUCCCAGCCCUGGAGCCUGGAGGGAGACCACCCUCUGGGUCCUUGCUGGGGCCGCAGACACGUAGGCUGGGGUGAGAAGUGUCUGCUGUCACCCUCUACUCCCCAGCUUUAGUUUUAUAAAUGUAGUGAUAGGAUUCCUUGUUGCUUGGUCCCCAAAGCCUUAUACUUUUUGCAUUGGCUUUAACUGGGUUCAGCAGAUGCCUCCUCUGCCCCCCUGCAGGCAGGCCCAAGUAGGACUGCUGGAGGCUGCUUUGACAUUGUAACAGACAUUUCCGAACCAAAGGCUGCUGGGUUUGCAUGUUUACAGACUCCCCCUGGGGCGAGGGUCAGAGCUGGCUCUGGGGAGCUGGGCUAGGAAGAGGAGGUGCAGCCCAGACUCUUCGAAGCUAGGCUUUCUAAACCAAAGUUCUUUGCCAUUCCUACAAGCCCAGGCUUGCUGCUGGUUUUUUCCUUUCCAUUGGGUAUUUGCACUAUUUUGGGAGCAAGUUUUCUAUGUGGGAGCCACUUUUUUUGUACAGGGGUAAGUUGGGGGUUUUCAGGGAGCCCUGUUAGGUGCCUCCUUGUUUUCUUUCCUCAAUCUAUGCAAGCGGCUCUGGCCGCCAUCAUCUCCAGGGAUGCCAGAGGGCUGCCUCUCCAGCAGCUUGGGCCAGGGAGGGGACACUCCAGUUCUCUAGCAUGGCCUGAGGUAUGGGUGUGCGCAUGUGGAGGCCAGGGUAAGGUGAAUGGGGAGGCUGGGAGGACUGGUGUUGCCCUUUGGAGCUUGGUGAGGAGGGUGGGCCUAGGGCUUGGCGAGUGCCACUUCUGGCAGGUUUGGAAAUUUCCAAAUAAAUCCUUUUGUCUAUUG